AUGGCGCUUCCAACCGUGGCGGCGCUGGUGACGUUCGCCGUUUUACUGACGCUUACGCAGCACUCGGGCGUCCUGGCGAGGGCGGGUCUGGAGGGCGUGGCUGCGGCGGUGCCGGCACCCAGGCGCACCCAGAAGAUGUUCCUGCCGCCACUCGGCACCGGGAAGCCGAGCCAACCAUGCCAGUGUGGCAUCACGGGGUCGGACGUGGUCGACACGCGCAUCGUCGGCGGCUAUCAGGCGGCGCCGCACAUCUUCCCCUGGAUGGUGGCCAUCCUGUUCAACGGCUUCAUGAACUGCGGCGGCUCCCUCAUCAACGACAGAUACGUGCUCACCGCCGGCCACUGCCUAAACUGGGUCAGUCCGAAGAACAUCUCGGUGAUGUUGGGUAUCAACGACUUGCUGUCCCUUCAACGCGUACUGCCACGCGUCGACCGGAUCAUCGUGCAUGAUGACUUCGACCGAGACUUCCUGCACGACAUCAACGAUGUGGCCCUCAUCAGGCUGGCGGAGUCCGUCCCCUUCAACGACCAGGUGGCCCCCAUCUGUCUGCCGCAAAACGUUGAAGAUAUGGACUUGAACUUUUGGCCAAGCUUCAUGCUUGUGCUAGACAUAAUGCAGCCGGAUUUGCAAUGA